GGCAGGGAAAAAACCCAACACUAAAUCCCUCCCCCAUAAGCAUUUUGUUUCUUUCCACAACUGGGACUUCAUGGAGGAAGCAAAACUGGCCAAAAAAAGUUUUCAUAGAUCAUAGCUUUUCCUUUCAUCCCCCUUUCCCCACAUGAACAAGACAGGACUGAUGCUUUGGGCUUCUCUUUGACUAAAUGGAAUCUUUCUCCUCGCUCUUGGCAACCACAGAACUAUUCUUGUGCUGUAUGACAAGGCACUCUUUAGCCAGUGCUAUAUUUAUCUAGUAAGAGGUUGUUCAAUAACAGAAAGGCAACAAGCCAAAGCUGUUCAAACCUAAGAAGUUUUUCCCAGCAUCAUCCAACUCUUGCCUUGAUUAUAGGCUGAAUUUUUUGAUGACCAGAAAGAGUUAACUGCUGAUUUGAGGCAAAGGGACUUGGCCUGUAGCUGUGUGGAAGUCUUUGAAGAAAUAUUUGAUAAGAUGGAGUUAAACAGGUUACUAAGUAUGUCAGGAGAAGAGAACCAGAGAAGACAAGAGGAGGCUUGUACUGGGGCUGGCAGCAGUAGGGCUGGUGUCAGUGGCGAACUGGAUUUUGUACAAAUGUAUCUCACCUGUUUACCUGAGAAUUACAUGAAGGCAAAGUUCACUCUGACAGCAUAUCUGGCAUGCUGGCUUAUCUUGAAACUCUGUAAGAGAGCUUUGGAGAAAAGAUGCUCAGCCUCCCAAAAGGUCCCAGAGCCAGUAGAAAAUUGCACAAGUGAAGAGGAGCUUGAUGAAGAUCAGACUUCUGCCCCCAGCACAUUAGAGCUGGAGAAACGUGGAUCAGGCCAGGAAACAGAUGAAGAUUAUUUUGAGACUCAAUCACAUCAAAGUGAAUCCUUAUCAGACAUAAAGACAGAGCCUUAUGAAAGUGUAUCAGACUCGGAUUCCAUUGCUAGCGACCUCACUAGAGACACAAACCUGAGUUCACACUGUUUUUCUUCAGAAAUAGAAGAACCAUGGGUCAAUUUUUUUGAAGCAAAGGUGGAAACAGUUCCUUCGAAGCCUCUGUGCACAACACAACACGGUUAUAUGCAAAAGCAAACCGUGGAACUACUUACAGUUCUACAAGGAUCAUCUGACAAAGGUGAAUUGGAGACACACAGAGAAGUAUCCAAAACAGAAGAGGACAAUGAGAAGGACAAAAAGUUACCUUACACAGUUCCUCACACAGGGUCGGAAACUAGUAAAGAAGAUUUUGCAUUAAAGACUCCGGAUACAUUGGUUGUGGAGACAAAAUGUGUACAUCAACAGGAACAACUCCAAAUCAGCUCAAAAAAAUUGGCUGAAGGUGCUGUUGUCAAAGGUAACACAAGGAUGGGAGUGACAAGGCUUGCUUGUGUAAGAGCAAACUCAGAAAGCUCUCUGACUUUCCCUGAGACUCAGGGCAAGCCUGUUCACACAGAAAUUGUUUCAAGGUAUAGUUUGCCUGAUAUUCACUUAGAAACAGACAGAACUUGGAAAAGAAACUGUGAGGCAUUCAAUGUCAAGUAUAAACAAAAUCACAUACCUAGCAGUAGGAGAAGUAUUAUGGGCAGCAAGCAAGCCACUGUUCCUCACUUGAGUGGCAAAAAGCUGAAGACGACAGGUUUACCAUGUUUAAAAUCUAAAUGUCAGUUGCCACCCCAGAGGACAGGGGACCUAGAAAUGAAAUCAUGGCACAGUACUCCUGAGAACAUAAGUGCUCAAGAGGUCAGAGAACAUGCCAGUGACUGUAUUUGCCUGAGAGAUAAACUCAGUUGGUCAUGUUCCAGAUUGCACCUAACAGUAUCGGAUUAUGUAAAUGUAUGUGAAAAUUUGGGACCGUUUGAUAACUGUUCACAGAAACUCUUAAAGAUGGAAAAUGACACAGGUAUUGACACUUUUAACACUCACUUGGACUCUGUUAAGAAUCCAUUAACACAUGUGCCAGACACCUAUCAAGUUAGCAGUACAAAUUUACACAGUGAAUUCAAGACCUGUGACUUUACAACAAAAGGAGCAGAUGUAUUUGCUGAGGGCAUGUCUGUGGCACUAUCACAGCAGUCUGAGCAUGAUUCAAAACAGGAGAUCACUCUGGAGUGUGUAUCAACAAAUAUAAAUGCCAAUGUAAUACGAAGAACAGAUCAAUCCAGAUUAGAGGAUGGGAGAGGAAGUCAUAAUCUCUCUCAGGAGCUUAGUUCUGACUUUGAAAUCUGUAAUAGUGAACUCCAAGGAAAUUACCUUGGUGUUCAUAUCAUGAAUAACUGUGAAAAUCCCUGUGAAAUCCAUGCUUCCACUGUUAGUAAGCAAUUGGACAUGGGAAAAAACUGCCUUGAAUCACAAAAUAAUGAGGCCUUUGUUGGGGUGAGUGAGUUAAGGAGAGGGUGGGAAAUUGUGGAUGGGGUUCCAACCUCAAGUCGAAGGGACUCCACAGCACAUCAAAGGGAAAAAGAGUUUCAGAAUAUGAGCAGAAGGUGCAGUGCUUUCAAGUGUCCUUCUGAUCAGGAGAGAAUAGGUGAUCAUCUUUUGGGUAUGGAAAGAGAGAACUGUUAUUCUGGUGAUGGGGGAGAUGUCUCUGCCCUUAAAGUAGCAUCCAGGUCGCAUGACAUUUGUCAGGAGGAAAAAUCAGAGCAGGUUUCAGAGAUAAAAUCUAUAUCAGUACAACCUCUAGGACAGAAAGAGCUGCAGGAUGGGAAUAUGGGAGGUGAGAAGUAUAUGGUUGGAUUAACCACUGAGAUACUGCAGCAUGAGAAUCUGGCCUCUCCCCUUAUUCCCGUGAAAAGUGCUCAAGGGUCAUGGGAAGCUCCAAAGGCACAGUCAAAUUAUGGGGAAGAUAUUUUGCAAGCACAGGUUAUAUCAGGUGGUCAAGAUGGGUUGCUUGUUACCCAAGAAAGUGCAAAACCCACUAAUGACAAAGGUGAGGCCACUCAUCUAGAUUUCCCACCAUUGUUCAACUGUGCAACUUCGACAGGAACAACUGUGGAGAAUGAUUCCCUUCUAAAUCAUUUAAGUUUGGAAAGCACUAUAGAACACUGGAGUGAAGAGGGAAAUGCAAACUCGUAUGCCAUAAAUGCUGGAAUUGAGCCCUGCCAAAGGAAUGCUGAUUCUGACUUUGAGACAGCGCAAGACAGUUUACAGUCUGAAACGAGGGCUCAUAUGGUGGUGGAUGAAAUUAUGGCCACAAAUGUAGAGCAAGACAUUUAUGUAACUAUGACAAGAAGGCAGGGAAUUAAUGGAAUUGGUGGCCUCUGUACUGAAGUCACUGCUAGUGGUAAAACUUUAGAGAAUGAUGUACCCAAUAACAUUUUUGAGAAGGAAGAUAAUAAAACCUGUGAUGUACUAGAUGAAAAAAUGGAGCAUGGUGACGAUUCUUCAACAGAGCCAGUGAACUGA